AUGGGAGAUAGGAGAGGUGGUAAUGGUAAGCGGCGUAUAUCGUCGUUUUUCGUUACAUCCUUCCCGGAGAAGUAUAAGUCAAGAGACUUGUACAAGGUGUUUGUAAAAUAUGGGGACAUCGAUGAAAUGGUGAUCCCAUUAAAGAAGGACAUUAGAAGUAACAUAUACGGUUUUGUCCGUUAUUUUGAUGUGGAAGGUGAGAGGCUUAUGGCGAUUAAGCUGGAUAACAUUUUUAUGGAAGAAAGGAAAAUUCGGGCAAAUAUUCCUAGGUUUAAUAGAGGUGGUCGUGCAGAUCAAGGGAAACCGUUGGAGUUUGACUUGAGAGAGAAACUCAGGGGGUGCCAUGGAAAGAGAGGAAAGUAG